AGUUUAUCCCCACUAGAAAUCUGUCACCUCUAAGCCGUGUGGGGACAUAGAUUCGGAAAUAAAUAAAAACUGAAAUGAAGCCAACAAGGCAGGAUAAACAUAAGGCCCGAUUAGACCAACGCACCAAAAACUGGGGCAAGGCCAAGUUCAAGCCCAAGAAGUAUGUGAGACCGGAAGUUUUGCCCGAGCCGCAAGCCACUGCAAAACCCUGGCAGCAUGUGAAGAACGACAUAAUCGACGAUUCGGAGGAUCGUGGACAUCAGGAUGUGGACAGCGAGGACGCUAGGAAGUUCAUGCAGCAACGGGAGCAGAACCACCGGCGGAAUAUCAUAGAAGCCAACCGAUCGGAGACCACCAUAUGGGAAUCCUUUGACGAGGAGCAGUUCUCCACUUCCAAGGAGGAGCGGUCCGAGCAAAAAGAUAAGGCAUCAAACGAAAAGUCCCGUCUGUGGGAGUGCGACAUUUCCCAGGGAGAACUGCCCACAGUGGUUGAAAACUUCUCGAUAGUGGAGCGCAACUUUUACAAAAGAAGGAUCACAUUGGGCUUGAAGACUACCGAACGAGCAGGAACACUUCAAACAGCUAUAAACGAUUUAAAAAAAAAUCAAAGCUGGGCACGUGGCAACCAAAUAAAAAUGCCCGUCCAGAAAACGCGAGAGAAGAAAAAGAAGCCUUUUCGGAAAAAUAACCCUUUUCAUAAGAAGGGCAGUGGAGAAGUCAUGGAAUGAAUCACAAUAGCUUAAACUUAACUCCUCCUAACACUUAGGCUAGACUUUAUUCCUGUCAUUAAUGAAUGGUAAUUAAAAACUUCGAUGUAUUUUUUUAGAAAUUAAACGAUUAUAAAAGAAUAUUAUCUGCCCAAAA